CCUAAUAAAUUACACGAGGGAGACUUGGCAAAUAGGCAAAGGCACAUCAAAACGAAAUGUCGACCGUUAAAAUAACACCACCAGCAUCAGCAGCUGCUUAUUCUCUCUCAUCAAUAUCAUCAACCUUUAAACGUCCGGUGGUCUUCUGUAAUCCCCAAUUCCAGCAUUGCAAUCGCACCAAUUUCAGGCACACACCCACAAGAGCUCUCGCUGUUUCCAUGUCUUCCCAACCUCUCCAAGUCUGCGUCAAGGAAUCUAUCACCACUCCGAACAAGCUUGGCGACUGUCCAUUCUGCCAAAGGGUGUUGUUGACCUUAGAAGAAAAGCAUCUCCCUUAUGAUAUGAAGCUGGUAGAUUUGACUAACAAGCCAGACUGGUUCACUAAAAUGAAUCCAGAAGGUAAAGUACCUGUAAUGAAAUUCGAUGAAAAGUGGGUUCCAGAUUCAGAUGUCAUUGCAAAGUCUCUUGAAGAGAGAUACCCAGAUCCACCUUUGGCGACACUUCCUGAGAAGAGUUCAGUGGGAUCAAAGGUCUUUCCUGCUUUUGUUGGUUUUCUUAAAAGCAAAGACCCAAGUGAUGGAAAAGAGCAAGAAUUACUGAAUGAGCUCAGUUCCUUCAACGAUAACCUGAAAGAAAAUGGACCCUUAAUCAAUGGGGAAAAGAUCUCUGCUGCGGACCUAUCACUUGGACCAAAGCUUUACCACAUGGAAAUUGCACUGGGACAUUACAAGAAUUGGUCGGUUCCUGACUCACUUCCCUAUGUGAAGUCUUACAUGAAGAAUAUAUUUUCUAGGGAUUCAUUUCAGAAAACAAUUGCAUCAUAUGAGGAUGUCGUUGCUGGCUGGGCUAAGCACAUGGCCUGAAGCUGACGAAGGAUUUGCAGGUAGUCAUGUAGUGGGUUCAAUGUAUAUUGAGCUUCUUCGAUGUUGAUUGUUGGAUACUUCCAUGUUAUUAGUAUUCAGUAACGGAUGUUUCAACGUAAUAAGAAGAUACCUAUUUUGAUCUGAUCUA